CGACAAUAUUGUGAGAAAAAAAUGAGCAUCCAGCGCUCCUGUCGCGGAUUCGAGCGCUCCUCAUUCAUUUCCAGCCGCUGAAUGACCCGUGGCUCCGUCCCAGGCCGCCGGCAGACCCUUUAUGAGAGCAGACCGCAGGACCAGCCAUGCCAGCGUCCCUGCUGUGGGCCGUGGACGUGUACGGGCGCGUCUACAGCCUGUCCACCGCGGGGCAGCAGUGGGAGCAAUGCCGCGACGCCCAGAUGGAGUUCAAGCGGGUGACGGCGGCCCAGCAGUGCUGCUGGGGCAUCGCCUGCGACAACCGCAUCUACCUGAACGUCUACGCCUCCGACCUGCCCAUCCGCUACCAGGAGGAAACCUAUGAGAACCAACGCUGGAAUCCCGUCGACGGUUUCUCGGACCGCUUGCUCCCGAGCGACCGCUGGCAGUGGAGCGACGUCACCGGCCUGCAGCACCAGCCUCUGGACGGCUUCCAGCUGCCCUCCGACAGCUGGGAGUGGGAGGGCGACUGGUACGCCGACGAGAACUUUGAGGGGGAGCCCACGGAGAAGGAGGGAUGGACCUACGCCAUCGACUUCCCCGCCACCUACACCAAAGACAAGAAGUGGAACUCCUGCGUCCGCCGCAGGCGAUGGCUCCGCUACAGGAGGUACAAGGCCAUGGACAGCUGGGCGAAGAUCCCCUCGCAGGAGACGGCUCUGCCGGAUCCCUUCAGCGACAUCAGCUGUGGCGGCUGGGAGAUCAGCGAGGAGCCCCGGGGCCGGCUGUCGCUGUGGGCCGUGACCCUGCAGGGCAAGGUGUGGUUCAGAGAUGGAAUCUACCACAGCAGCCCCGAGGGCUCCUCCUGGGACGACGUCUCCGUCCCCGGAGAGGUGAUCCAGAUCAGCUGCGGACCGGGAGACCUGGUCUGGGCGGUGCUGUGGGAGGGGCAGCUGAUUGUCAGAGAGGGCAUCGGUCGAGAUUGCCCCAAAGGGACGUCGUGGGCCGUGGUGGAGUCUCCCAGCCCCGAUGUGGGAGCCAUUCAUGUCGCGGUGGGAGUCAGUGUGGUGUGGGCCGUAACGAAGGACAACAAAGUGUGGUUCCGACGUGGCGUGAACUCCCACAACCCCCGCGGCUCCGGCUGGAUCAGCAUGGUGGGAGAGAUGAUCACCAUCGACGUGGGACUGAACGACCAGGUGUGGGCCGUCGGCUGCGAGGACCGAGCCGUUUACUUCAGGCAGGGGGUGACGUCCAGCGAGCUGAGCGGAAAGACCUGGAAGGCCAUCAGUGUCCCUCGAGACGGAGACCGGUCCCACUCCAGCGCGAGCGCCGCCAGCCUGCAGAGUGCCGGGUGCUUCUUCAGCGGCGAGGUGUGUGCUCCGUCAGGGGCGAGCGACGUGGAGUCGGACGCGGAGAGAGGAUCGGUGGACGGAGCCGGCUGCCCCGCCGCCGCCGCCUCCCCCGGGUUGAGUGUGGAGGCGACGGCGGACCAGACGUCGGAGCCGCCCAGACCCAGAAUCCCCAAAGUGACCAGCGACAGCUUCAUCUCCGAGCUGGUGUCAGACCGGGAGCAGAGGAAACCCUCGCGAGACGCCGGGGCCGUCGCUCCGGCCGUCCUGGAAGUCCCCGGAGAAGGAGAGGACAGCGUCCCCCCCGCCGGCGCCGCUCUGUCCCCGAGCCAGAGCGGCGGUCCCGCCGGGCCCCAGUGGAGCAACGUGGAUCUGGAGGAGGCCCAGACCCAGCAGGGGUCUACGGCCGGCGCCGUCCCGGACUCGGCCGACACCAGCAGCCUGUCGUCAGUGGCCACCUACACCCUCGCCGUGGAGGAUCCGUACGGCGCCGACGAGCACCCGGUGUGGGCGUGGGUGAGCGGCGGAGGCUGCUGCGUGGACAGCCACUCGGCGCUCAGCUGGUUCAGCUCCGCCGGCGCUUCCUCCCUGGUCCAGUCCAUCCAGUCCAUGAGUCUGUCGGUCAGCCCCGCCCAGACGGCGGCCUGGAGGAGGCAGAUCUUCGAGCAGCUCAGCGAACGGACCAAGAGAGAGAUGGACAACUUCAGACAUUAUGAGCAAGCCAUAGAGCAGUCGGUGUGGGUGAAGAAGGGAACCAUGCAGUGGUGGAGGGACUGGAAGCCCCACAAGUGGAUCGACGUUCACUUCGCUCUGGAGCAGUUCUCGGGUCCAGACGGCAACAAGGACGGGAUCCUCUUCAUCUACUACAAUCAGCACGAGGAGAAGAAGUACCUGCACGCCUUCGUCAACGAAGUGACCAUCCUGGUCCCCGUGCUCAACGACUCCAAACACACCUUUGCCAUCUACACCGCGGAGCGGACCAGGCAGCGGUGGCCCAUCCGGCUGGCGGCCGCCACCGAGCUGGAGAUGCACGACUGGCUGGCCCUGCUGAGCGUGUCCUGCUGUGACUCCAGAGCCCUCCAGGGCCCCCCCUCCAAACAGGCCAUCUGGUCCAUCACCUGUAAAGGGGACGUCUUCGUCAGCGAGCCGUCGGCCGCCCUGGAGGCCGUGCCGUACCCCACGCCCUGCGAUCAGAUGUUCUGGCGGCAGGUCGGAGGUCACCUGCGCGUCGUGGAGUGUAACAGCGCGGGGAUCGUGUGGGGGAUCGGCUACGACCACACCGCCUGGGCCCACACCGGCGGCUACGGCGGGGGCUUCUUCCAGGGGCUGGCCAGCAGCACCGACAACAUCUUCACCCAGACCGACGUCAAGAGCGUCUACAUCUACGAGAACCAGCGGUGGAACCCGGUGACCGGCUACACCAGCAGAGGCCUGCCGACAGACCGCUACAUGUGGAGCGAUGCGUCAGGACUGCACGAGUGCACCAAGACCAGCACCAAGCCGCCCUCGCCCCAGUGGGCCUGGGUGUCCGACUGGUCCGUCGACUACGGCGUCUCUGGAGGAACCGACAGGGAAGGAUGGCAGUACGCCGCCGAUUUUCCAGCGUCGUAUCACGGCUAUAAAACCAUCAAGGACUUCGUGCGGCGCAGGCGGUGGGCCAGGAAGUGUAAGUUAACCACCACAGGACCGUGGCAGGAAGUCCCGCCCAUCCCCCUGAGCGACGUGACCAUCCUGCCGUGCGCGGCCCCGAGCGGCGUGGACGUGGUCCCGGUGUGGGCGAUCAGCAGCAAGGGGGACGUGCUGUGCCGCCUGGGGGUCACGGCGCUGACGCCCGCCGGAUCCUCCUGGCUCCACGUGGGAACCGACCAGCCCUUCAAGUCCGUGUCCAUCGGGGCUGCCAGCCAGGUCUGGGCCGUCGCCAGGGACGGCUCUGCUUUCUACCGAGGGUCCGUCUCGGCGCAGAGUCCCGCAGGAGACUGCUGGUACCACAUCCCCUCCCCGGCCAAGCAGAAGCUGAAGCAGGUGUCCGUGGGGCGGACGUCGGUGUGCGCCGUGGACGAGAACGGUAACCUGUGGUACCGCCAGGGCGUGACCCCCAGCUACCCUCAGGGAUCCUCCUGGGAGCACAUCUCCAACAACGUGCGCAAAGUUUCCGUAGGACCCCUGGACCAGGUGUGGAUCAUAGCAGACAAGGUGCAGGGCAGCCACAGUCUGAGCUGCGGGACGGUGUGCCAUCGACUCGCCGUCCAGCCCCUGGAGCCCAAAGGACAGUCCUGGGACUACGGCAUCGGGGGCGGGUGGGACCACAUCACGGUGAGGGGGAACGCCAUGGAGCCGGCCCGCCUGCGCCUGCCCUCCCUGACCGGGCCGUCCUCCCUGGUCCCGCCGGGCCCCCCCGCCGUCACAGACCCCGAGGCCAAUGGCGCCGCCGUGGGGUGUUAGACACACACACACACACACACACACUCGUGAAACCCCGUCACCUUGAAGUAGCACAGUGAGAAAUUCUAAACUUAUAUUUUCCUAUCUUUGUGGCAUUUGGACAAUCGUCUCUGUGGACUUGACCGUCUUCAGUCCUCAGACACACCUUUCUUUUUAAGCUCACUCUUCACUUGUUCUACUUGCACUUUAAUGGUCAUAACCUGUUUUUGUUUCUUUAUUUAUUCACCAAGCUCUGAAGUUUCCGUUGAUAUGUAGAGUUGUAGAAUUCCCUGACUGCUGCUCUGAUCUCCAUCCGGGCGCCAAUCGCCGCUGUUGUGGUUAGAAAGGCUUUCGGGGAAGCCGGCGGGGGCUCGGCCGGGCUGGAGGAAACCACUAUGACGGAGUGCGAGCGAGUGAGGCAUGAAACUCCGAGGCCAGCCGCCGUGAAAGCUUCGAUCAGCUGUAACGACUCAGGCGAGCGGCUGACGACUUGAAAAUAUGUUGACGCCGACUUGAGGGGGGCGACGCAGGGACUCGCCCUCUGACCUCUGGGACUGUACUAACACGUGUUUUUAUAAAGAUCAGGUUUUUUUCUAAAGAGAAAAGAACAGCUGUUGUUGUGGUGGAGCAUGUGCAAUGGUUGGUGUUGUAA